AGAAAGAAGUAUAUUGUUAAAAAAUGAAUUUUGACAAUAUUUACUUGCCAUGUUCAUUGGACAUUAAUGUCUAUAAAGCAUACUUCACUUCGGAUAGUCAGAAUUCUAAAAACUCACCAGCAUCACUGAAAGCAAAACCAUCAUUGGAAACCGAUAGCAAAAUUCUUGAGCCAAAAACACUUCGUCUUCUAGCAUUAGAUAAGAUUGUUGACAAUUGGAUUGAAAUGCCAAUUUUUAAUGAAAUAACAAAACAAGUCGACCGAAAUUAUGUUGUGGACAAUUUGCCUAUGAAUAUUCCUCUGAAAAUAUCAAGCGUUCACAUAAAGGAUGACUUUUUUUGGCGGAAAUGCUAUCAGCAUCGUUGGAAGACUCUUCCAAUUGAUGUAGGAAAUCGAAGUUGGAUCGAUGUGUACAUGGAAAAACACUUACAGGAAUAUCUAGAGAAUGUUAACAUCAGUGAUUACGAUCAAGAGAGUGUGCAAACAAUUUUGGACAUAAGUGCUGGCUACAUCAAAAGGCUUGAAAUUGAUUUUCUUCAGCCGUCAAUGGGUGAAAUUAAUGAUCAUAUUCCACUAGAUAUCAUUCUGAGUAACCUACCCGACCUGCGAUCUCUUCGAGUAACUUAUUGUACAAAAACAAUUGAAACAAACUUUUAUCUUGGUUGCUCGUCAUUUUCUCGAAAUGAUAUUACUACAUUUGCACUUGGAUUAAGCAAUUGUUCUGAACUUCAGGAGUUUUGGCUUCAUAGUGUAAAACUUGCACCCUAUCAGCUUGCCUUAAUAUCUAAAUCUCUCGAUAAAGGAUGUCAGAAUUUAAAAAAAUUGGCAGUAACACAUUGUGCGAUGCACGAUGAUGGAUUGCAACAAUUUUUAGAUGGAUGCACAGCAGAAUCUUUUCCAAACUUAAAUAUUUUAGAUUUAACCAAUAAUUUGAUUUCACCUGAGGGAGCAUUUACUUUAAGUCAAGCACUCAAAGGAAGACAUUUGGAACAAUUAAUUCUUAGAUUAAAUCCAAUAGAAAGCGAUGGAGCAGCUGCUAUUUUAUCAGUAGUCCAACAUUUACCACUUAAAGAUCUCGAUAUAAGUGGAUGCUCAAUGACAAAUACGGUAACGAAAAUCCUGAUGCAAUUAAUUGUACAAAAUGCAACCAUUUUGAAUUUGGAUAUUUCAAAUAAUAUCCUAAAAGAGAGUUCUGGACAGAAAAUUUGUAAAAUUAUAGGCUUCAAUAAAAUACUGCGCAAAUUAGAUCUACGGAAUACUGGUGUAACACUUGAUACAAAAAAUAAAAUCAUGGAGGUCUUAAAGCUUAAUAAAUAUUCAUCAUAACUCAAAAGGCGUUUUUUUUCCUUUGCAUCAUCUUGCGUCAGUAAAUAAAAAUUACAAUAGACCCCCACGCCAACGUCAAAACAAAUUUCGUCAAAGUCAUGUCGGUUGGCUAAAAACGCAGUAAUCCCAACAUAAUCCAUAGUAAAUUUACCUCUUAAUACCUAGAUAUUUAUUUAUCUUUGAGAUACACACACCUUUUUUUCUGUCUUGAAACCAUUCUAUGAUAUUGGUUUUUCCUGCUUAAUAUAUCUAUAUACAAAGCCAUUGAAGAAAAGGUGAUGAAAGGUACAAAAAGAAAAACAAGAAAUGAAAAAGCAAAAGUCGAUUGGGUUGGCCUUUGUUAAGUCCAUGGUGGGAUGCUACUUAACG